AUGUCCCUCCUCCGAUCCGCCUUCCCCCGCCUGGCCCGGUCAGCGCCCAUUGCCCAGCUCGCGGCGCUGCGGUCAUACUCGGCCCGUGUCGCUCGCGAGGGCAUGGGCGAGGGCGAGAAGUCCAUCUACGACAAGCUCGACAAGCGCUUCCCCGGAAAGCAGCUCGAGGUCCAGGACGUCUCGGGCGGCUGCGGCUCGUUCUACGCCAUCCUCAUCUCGUCCCCCGAGUUUGCCGGCCUGUCCAUGGUCAAGCAGCACAAGCUCGUCAACGACUGCCUCAAGGAGGACAUUGCCGGCAUCCACGGUCUGCAGGUGAGCUACUGGUUUACCCACGUGCAAGCUGACAUGCAGCUCAAGACGAUCGCCGAGAAGGACGAGUAA